CUCACUCCCUCCCUCCUUCCCUCGCUCCCUCAAUCUCUGAUGGCUCUAUGGGGCUUCCUCAGUGUCAGCCUGCACUGCUGGGUCUGGCUCUGGGCCGGGGCCCCUAUCUCGACCAGCGUGCCCCACGACCGCCCCGGAGGGCCCCUGGACUGGCUGCUGUCCGACAAGGGCCCCUUCCACCACUCCCAGGAGUACACAGACUUCGUUGAGAGGAACCGUCAGGGCUUCUCCACCCGCUACAAGAUAUACCGAGAGUUUGGGAGAUGGAAGGUGAACAACCUGGCUGUGGAGAGGAGAGACUUCCUGGAGUCGCCAUUGCCCCUGACACCAGAGUUCAUCCGUAACAUCCGUCUCCUGGGUCGGAGACCCACCACCCAACUCAUCACUGACAACCUGAUCAGGAAGUAUGGGACACACUUCCUGCUGUCGGCCACGCUGGGAGGGGAAGAGGCCUUAACGAUAUUUGUGGACAAGAGAAAGCUGAGUAAGAAGGCGGAUGUGAGCGAAUACUCUGGCUCUGGCAACUCGUCCAGCGUAACUCUGGAGGCUCUGCACCAGCUGGCUGCCUCCUACUUCAUAGACAGAGAAAGCACCCUGCGCAAGCUGCACCACAUCCAGAUAGCAUCCACAGCCAUUAAGGUAACAGAGACCCGGACAGGCCCUCUCGGAUGCAGUAACUAUGACAACCUUGAUUCUGUCAGCUCUGUUCUGGUUCAGAGUCCGGAAAACAAAGUCCACUUGCAAGGCCUGCAGGUUAUCCUGCCAGACUACCUGAGGGACAGUUUUGUCCAGGCUGCUCUAAGCUACAUUGCCUGUAAUGGGGAGGGGGGCUUCGUCUGUAAGGACAAUGACUGCUGGUGCAAGUGUGACACCAAGUUCCCAGAAUGCAACUGUCCCUACAUGGACAUCCAAGCCAUGGAGGACAGUCUACAGAGGAUCACUGAGACCUGGGGGACACUCUACAAGGAGUUUGAGGAUUCAGAUGAGUUCAAGACCUUCCUUAUGAGGCUCCCGCAGAACUUCUUCCUGAACGUGUCGACUAUCCAGCACCUUUGGUCGUUGGAUGGCGUGUUCCAGUGGCGCUACGAGCAGCUGGAGAACAGCAUGAGUGUGCUCUUCAGACGAGCCCAGAGAGUGGUGUUCAAGCUCUUCAGCCUCAGCAAGAGGUGCCAGAGGCAGCCUCACAUCCGCCUACCCAGAGAAUGGCCCCAAUCCUACUGGCUGAUACACUUCCAGUCUCUCCUCUACUGUUCUGAGAACAACCAGCUGGGUUCCUUCUCUGAGGAGCUCCACAGCUGUACCUGCAGCUACGAGCACAGCCCUUGCCAGCUGCUCCCACCAUGUGCCAUCGGAGAGGGUCCCGCCUGCGCAGCCUGUGCCCCAGACAACCACACACGAUGUGGGAGCUGCAACCCUGGCUAUGCCCUAACCCAGGGGGCCUGCAGACCCAUGGUGGCUGACUCAACAGAGAACUACCUGGGCUUUGAGACAGACCUACAGGACCUGGAGCUGAGAUACCUCCUGCAGAGGGCCGACCGUAGGCUGGAGGUCCACGCCAUCUUCAUCAGCAAUGACAUGCGUCUGAACAGCUGGUUUGACCCAUCCUGGAGGAAGAGGAUGCUGCUGACGCUGAAAAGCAACAAGUACAAGUCCAACCUGGUCCACAUGCUGCUGGGCGUGUCUCUCCAGAUCUGCCUGACCAAGAACAGCACACUGGAGCCCGUCCUCACCCUCUACAUCAACCCCUUCGGAGGCAGCCACUCUGAGAGCUGGUACAUUCCAGUCAGUGAGAACAGCUUCCCAGACUGGACGGCCACCAAACUGGAUCUACCCCUGGAGUGCUUCAACUGGACCCUGACACUGGGCAACAAGUGGAAGACCUUCUUUGAGACCAUCCACAUCUACCUGCGGAGCCGGAUAAAGAUGCAGGGCGCUGGAGGUCCGGCGGGGGCUGUGAAUGACAGCCUCUACUAUGAGCCAUUAGAAAUGGUUGACCCUUCACGGAAUCUGGGCUACAUGAAGAUCAACAGCAUCCAAGUAUUUGGCUACAGCAUGCACUUUGACCCGGAAGCAAUCCAUGACCUGAUCCUGCAGCUGGACUACCCAUACACCCAGGGGUCCCAGGACACGGCUCUGCUGCAGCUGCUGGAGAUCAGGGACCGGGUCAACAGACUGUCCCCCCCAGGUCAGCAGAGACUAGACCUGUUCGCAUGUCUGCUCAGACACCGGCUCAAACUGACAGCCAGUGAGGUGGUCCGCAUACACGCCUCCCUGCAGGCCUUCAGCAACCGCCUGCCAAACUCUCUGGAUUACGAGACCACCAAGCUGUGUAGUUAACAGCUACUAUGGAAUGACUGGGAGACGUUAAAGCGCAACGGCUACAAGGAGAACUAUUGGACGGCUAAAUGGUAUACUGCUACAGUAGUUUGACUUUCAAUGGUUUGUUGAUUCUCUGGAUUACAAGACCUUAAAUGUAUGUACUUAACCGUUACAGAGACACAAUAAGGACAUGUGAAUUGUGUCUUUUGGCUUUCAGUUGGGUUGUGACUCAAUGACUUGUAAAUGGUUGAGAGAUGUUGGAAGCUGGUGCUUUUUUGUCCACAGAAGACACACAAAAACUCUGACACCAUAAACAAAAACAGAUCUAGAAAAUCAGAUAUGUAACUCUCUCCACAUCCACUUCACCAUCUUAUUUAAAUACAACCAUGCUCAUUUAUACAGUGUAUACUGAAGCCAACUGGAGGGACCUUUUAAGAUACAAGGUACAGUCUGUUUGUUUGUAACUCUUUUAUAUGUUAUUUUGCUUCAGUGACAGUGUACUUCCCAUAACGACCAGAAUACAGUGGUAUCAGUCAGAUUUGUAGAUAACUUGUUAUUAAAACAUGGAUUAACAACUGUGGAGAAUAUUUGUCAAACUUACUUAU